AUGUCGUUCAUCAACAUUUGUCGUGACAACACCGAUCCCUUCUACCGUUACAAAAUGCCUCCUAUCCAGGCCAAGGUGGAAGGUAGAGGUAACGGUAUCAAGACUGCCAUCCCAAACUUGAGUGAAGUUGCCAGAGCUUUGGGCAGACCGUCCCCUUAUGUGGUGAAGUUUUUCGGAUACGAAAUGGGUGCCCAAACUACUUUCAAGGAAGACGACGAUCGUUAUUUGGUCAACGGUUCUCACAUGCAAUCUGAGUUGCAGGACUGCUUGGAUGGUUUCAUCAACAAGUUCGUUUUGUGUGGGUCUUGCAAAAACCCCGAGACGCAAAUCCAGAUCAAGGGAAAAGGGAACUUGCAGAAGGACUGCAAGGCUUGUGGUAGUAUCACAGAAGUCGACCCAAGACACAAGUUGUCGUCCUACAUCUUGAAGAACCCUCCCCCUGCAUCUACUGGAAAGAAGGCUGCCACUGCCACUGCUAACGUUGUGGGUGGUGGUAAGACCAUCUCCGAAAUUGCCCAGAGCGCGGAAGGCGGCGAUGCUCAGGGACAAGGCGAUGACGACGAUGACAUUUUGACCAAGAAAAUCAAUGCCGAAGCCGCUGCUUUGUCACGUCAGACCGUCGAGGUAGCGGACGAAGACUGGGCCGUUGACAUGUCGAAGGAGGCCAUUGAGGCCAGAGCUAGGGAGUUGGAAGGAAUCUCCCUCAGUGAUUCGCAAACCAAAGUCAGUGAGUUUGGUGAGUGGGUCUUGGAGCAAGCUUCCGACUCCAAGGACGACUUGCCAUCUGACGUUGAGAUCUACAAGAAGAUUGUCGAGUUGGAGCUCUUGGAAUCUCCCGAGGUGCUCUUGGUCUUGGCCCAAGUUUUGUUUGACGAAGACAUUGUUGAGCAAUUGGAGGCCCACCAGGGAUUGUUGGUUAAGUUGAUCAACGAAAGAGAGGACUACGAAAGGGCCUUCCUCGGUGGCUUGGAGAGAUUCUUGGGCUUGGAGAAGACCGAGUUGAUUCCUGCGGUGCCCAAGAUCUUGCACAGGCUCUACGACAGCGAAAUAAUAAGUGAGGAGGCCAUCAUCGAGUGGGGAUCCAAGGUGUCGAAGAAGUACGUUCCAAAGGACGUGUCGAAGAAGGUCCGCAAGGCCGGAAAGCCAUUCGUCAAGUGGUUGCAGGAGGCCGACGAGGAGUCGGACGAGGAGUAG